AUGGUGCUUCAUGAAUCUUAUAGUUAUCCAAUUCGUGGAAUAUUUUAUUUAAUUCGUCAUCCAUCAUUAUGGAGACAACUUUUUUGCGGUCUUAUUAUCAUGCUAUUAGUAUCAAUAAUAGCAUCAAUAUUAUUACUUGUAUUUGCAUUUCCUGCUCAAGCUUAUGCUUUAUCAGAGCAUAUGGCUAGUUGGAUAUCAUGGAUAAUAAGUUUUAUAUUAACUUUAUUUGAAAUUGGUAUAGCAGUUCUUCUAUUUUCAUCAUUAUAUCUAUCAUAUUAUAUGGAGAUUAUAUUUGAUGCUGUUGUACGUGAAGAAACAAUGAUUAUUAAUCACGGAGAAACACAAAUGAUAUCAUCAAGAACAUUUUCUUGUAUUAAAUCAUUUAUAAUAUUAAUUAUAUUUCGUGUUAUUCUUGUUGUAUUAACAUGUCCAUUAAAUAUAAUUCCUAUACUUGGUACAAUUCUUUAUAUUUAUAUUAAUGGAUAUUAUUAUGCAUGGUCAUUACAUUGUCGUUAUUUUGAUUUAAUUGGUUUAACAUUUGCACAAGGAAAACAUUAUGUUGAAGAAAAUCGUUCUGAUUAUACUCGAUUUGGUAUUGUUGCUGUUUUAUUUGAAAUGAUUCCAUUUUUAAAUUUAAUAACACCAAUAACAAAUAUUAUUGGAAGUGCACUUUGGGCUUGUGAUAUUGAAAGAUUUAAAGAACCAUUAAGACAUCCAAGAAGUUAUUUAUUAUCACCAAGUCCAGCUUUAGUUGAACAAGGACAAGCUGAUUAUGGAACAAAUAAAUAUGAAAAAGAUAAAAUUCUACCACCAAGUUAUCAAGAUGCUAUUGAUAAUAAUAUUUAUCCAUCAGCUCCACCAAAUGAAAAACAAUAA